AUGGAAGGUACGUGUCUUUGCGGCGCCAUAACCGUAAUAAUCAACGAUUCGGAACUCUUCUCUCGUCCAAGAGGUCAUUUAUGUCAUUGUCUGAAUUGUAGGAAGACGGCCUCAUCGGCAUUCGGAAGUAAUCUCACAAUCGAGAGUGAAAAAGUGACGAUUAAAGGGGCUAAAAAUAUGAAUGUAUAUGAGGACUAUGAUACCUCGAGCGGAAAAUGUGUUAGGAGGCACUUUUGUAAAACAUGUGGAAAUCCAAUUCAAUCAAUAGCCGAAGCAUAUCCUGGUAAGACCAUUUUGAAGAUGGGAAUCUUCGAGAAAGUCAUGACGCCAGAAUGGGAAAGCUUCGUGAAGGAUAGACAUCCAUGGCUACCAGCAUUGGAAGGAGCGGUGCAAUACAAGUCGAAAAGUGGUGGAGAGAAAAUGGAGUAA